AUGGAGACCGUGGUCAUUGUUGCCAUAGGUGUGCUGGCCACCAUCUUUCUGGCUUCGUUUGCAGCCUUGGUGUGCUACAGCCAGCCAUGGGACCUCCUGCAGCUCUAUGAUUCCAAGCCCAUCGUGGAUCUCAUCGAAGCCAUGGAGACCCAGUCCGAGCUGUCUGAGGUGGCCCUCUAAACAUGAGCACUGACACAUUCUUCUCGUCUCCUCAGGGGUCUCAUGUCCCACUGCAUUGCCAUCUUGAGGAUCUGUCACACUUUGACAGAAAAACUUGUUGCCAUGACGAUGGGCUCAGGGGCCAAGAUGAAGAAUUCAGCCAGUGUCAGUGACAUCAUCGUGGUGGCCAAGAGGAUCAGCCCCAGAGUGGAUGAUGUUGUGAAGUCGAUGUUCCCUCCACUGGACCCGAAGCUCCUGGAUGCACGGACAACUGCCCUGCUCCUGUCUGUCAGUCAUCUGGUGCUGGUGACCAGGAAUGCCUGCCACCUGACCGGGGGCCUGGACUGGAUCGACCAGUCUCUGUCAGCUGCGGAGGAGCACUUGGAAGUCCUUCGAGAAGCGGCCCUGGCUUCUGAGCCAGAUAAGGGCCUCCCGGGCCCCGAAGGCUUCCUGCAGGAGCAGUCGGCCAUUUAGAGCCUGCUGGCCAGCAGCUGACCACAAGGGCCAGCCUGCCGCCGUCUGUGGGUGGCGCAGCUGGGCCUCCUCCUUUCUGUAUUUAGUUGCUCUACACGGUUUGGGAGCGCGCUGUGCGGAGCAGAGCGGGAGAGCCUGUGAGUGGAGGCCUCUGCUGCAGUUGCGAUGCUGGCUGGUGAGUGGCAGUGUAACACCACAGUUAGGGGAGACGUCACCCUCUGUGCGCCAGACCUUUGAGGCCUGAUGGACUCUAAUCUUCGUUUGGCUCACCGAGUGCUUUCAGGAAAGUGGAGCCACCGUCUAAGAAUCGGGAGGUUUCACAUGACAAUCAGCCUGUCUGGCUUUCUGGAACAAUCAGAAGGUGAGGCAACUCUGAUCCGCACUUUCAAAAGAGGACAAUCAAUUGGAACUAAGUAGGAGUCGCCUCCUCUAACAAGGCUUGUACUCUCUCACCUGGCCCGUUUCAUGUACUCGUGUUAUCUGCCUGGUCCCUGAGGCAUCGGAGCCCCUCACAGGUGUGGGUUUGAAGGUGCGCACUGCAGUUGAUUAUUCCCUUUUCAUCAUUACGCCUGCAUUUUACCUGCUGCCUCUAGGUGGAUAGUAAAUGUAUACUUAGGUUUCCCUCAAGCGUGUGGUUACUGAGUCAAAUUCAGAUGUGUGUGGGACACAUUUGUCUGAGAACUGAGGGUGGAAGGAGAGGGCCUGGGAAUCCUCACAGUG